AUGGAGCCCCUCGAAGUAGAGACACCUUAUCCUCAAACCCCUAGACUUUAUCUCAAACUCGUCAGCGCCGGUUUCUCUUUCUUUGUAGCCGGCAUCAACGAUGGCAGUCUUGGAUCUCUGAUCCCUUAUAUCCGUCAAGGGUAUCAGAUCGACACCAACCUGGUCGCUGUAGUAUAUGGCACAACAUUCUGCGGCUGGCUUGUCGCCGCGCUCUCCAACAGCCAUCUCUGCCAGUACCUUGAUCUGGGUGUUCUCCUGGUCCUAGGGGCGGUUCUCCAAGUUCUCGCCCACGCCUUGCGGACAUGGCUUUCUCCGUUUCCAUUGUUCGCGGUGACUUUCUUCUUUGCGAGUCUCGGCCAGGCAUAUCAAGAUACACACGCCAACACGUUUGUUGCAUCUGUCAAAGCGGCGCAUCGAUGGCUGGGGUUUAUUCAUGCCAUGUACAUGGCCGGGUGUCUGGCGGGUCCGUUUGUCUCGACUGCCGUGGCUUCGGCGGGUGUGCAUUCCCGGUGGAACCUGUUCUACGCUGCGCCGUUGGGACUGGGUGUGGUCAACCUGGUUCUGGUGGUUGUUGCAUUUAGCGAUUCGUUGAGGAUGACGCAGCAGUUUGGUCAAUCUCCUCCGGAGUCAAGACAAGGGGGUCUGCAGGAGAUGAAGCAGACUCUUUGCACGCCGAGUGUGUGGUUUUUGAGUCUGUAUUUCUUCUUCUUCCUGGGCGCUGCCAUUACCGCUGGUGGAUGGAUUGUGGAGUACCUCGUCGAUGUGCGAGACGGUGAUCUCAAGGAUAUGGGCUAUGUUCCUGCUGGCUUUUAUGGAGGAGCCUUCCUUGGUCGACUCAUUUUGGCUGAGCCAACCUACCGCUGGGGGGAGCGACGCAUGAUCUUCAUCUAUGUAGUACUGUGUGUUGGUCUGCAGCUAAUAUUCUGGCUGGUGCCGAAUAUCAUCACGGAAGCAGUAGCCAUCAGUCUUUUUGGGUUCUUUUCCGGUCCUUUUUUUGCCACGGGCAUAUCUGUUGCGUCCAAGAUCUUCUCUGCGGAGAUUCGCUCGUCUGCACUAGCUCUCGUGUUCGUGCUCGGCCAGGUGGGAGGAUCGAUCUUUCCAGCCAUCACUGGCAUUCUGGCAACUCAUGCUGGCGUCAAAGUCUUGCAGCCGAUUCUGGUGGGGUUGCUGGGUGCCACAGGGGUUUCCUGGUUGAUGGUUCCAAGGGUGAGACUUCACAAUGAGUAG